AUGGUCAACUACUGUCUAGUCAGUAUCUACAUGGUAAUCGAGUCGGUGAGAGUGUUUUGGGUGAGAGUGCGCUUGUUUCACAAAGGAAGCGUAAUCCUGCUGACUUUGCGCUGUGGAAGGUCUGACCACCUCUUUAUUAUUAUUUACUAUUAUCCUGUGAAGGCUGCAAAACCUGGUGAAGAACCAAGCUGGGAUAGCCCUUGGGGUCCAGGAAGACCAGGAUGGCACAUAGAGUGCAGUGCAAUGAGCACCCAUUACCUGUCUCCCAGAUUUGACAUUCACGGUUGUGCUACAAAUCUGAGAUUUCCGCACCAUGAAAACGUGAUUGCCGCCAAGACUUGUGCCAAGAUAGUGGUAGUGUGA